UCCGCGGCCCGCUCGGAGCCUCCUGGGCGAGCGCAGCGGUUCUGCGACGACGACGAAGACGACCUUCGGGUCGCGUGGACUCCACCGAUCACCGCGCUCCUCUGCACGGGUUGAGCCGCACGCCCGGCCGCAACUGCGCGAUCGAGUCCCGGCCGCGUCGGUUUCGCCACCUGUGGAUCACCUGUCCGCCGAGUGACCGUCACCUGGCCACACGAGCGCGGCUUUGCCGCUGACCGCCGCGCGCUCUGCGUGGACGCAAUGGGCACUGCGAUCUCCGUUCAGAGCGCCUCGCAGGGGGGGGUCGAAGCGUGCAUCAGCUCCGAGCCCCGCGCGCACGUCAACAACAACAACAACGCCAACAACAAAAACGGCGGUGCCGGCGAAGACGACGGUGGUUGUGGUGGUUGUGCUGGUGAUGCUGCUGCUGCUGCUGGUGGAGGAGGAGGAAGUGACACCAGGGUGAAACACAACCGGGCCCGGACGGUUUUCAUCACGGCGAUCACGUUCAAAAAUCUCAUCGUGAGCGCGACGACUCGCAAGGUGCCGCCGAGUCGAGGCGCGUCUCCCCGCCGGCCCCCCGGCUCGUGCGAACACCGCCCAGCCGGAGCCGGGGCCGCGGCGCCCACAACCGACUCGUCCGACACGAAACCAAGGAGCGAGAGGAGCGUCAGCCUGCCGGUGGCCAGCCGCGAGCCGAGACGGCUCCUUCCUCCAGCCAGGACCACCACCACCGCCGCCACCACCGCUCCCACCGCUGCUCCCGCCGCCGUCGCGGCAGCCAACAACAACACAACCACUGCCACCACCACCGCCACCACCACUACCACCACCACCAGCAGCCCUCAACAGCUGAUGGAGACGCUGCUCAUGCGAUCGUCCAGCGGUGAUCUUCUGAACUGUCUGGGGACGCACUUGUGCAGGCGCUGCGCGCUGCUGCGCCACAUCAGUCCCGCAGACCCCGUGCGCUGGCUCAGAGCGGUGGACAGGACCCUGCUGGAGCAGGGCUGGCAGGAGACGGCCUUCCUCACGCCGGCCAACGUGCUCUUCGUCUACAUGCUGUGUCGCGAGAGCGUCUCGGAGCAGACGAGCAGCGAGGGCGACCUCCAGGCGUCGCUCCUGGUGUGCCUCUACUUGGCCUUCUCCUACAUGGGCAACGAAAUCUCGUACCCGCUCAAGCCGUUCGUCGUGGAGGCGUUCAAGGAGAGGUUCUGGGAGCGAUGCCUGAACCUCAUCGACUCGCUCAGCGGCCAAAUGCUGCUCAUCAACGCGAGCCCCACGUUCUGCAUCGAGCUCCUGCGCGAGUUGAAGGGUGAAGGGAACGCGGAGGAGACGCGUGGGGAGAGGAGGACCAUCAACUUGGACAGAUGAGCGAGAGGACAGCGGCAGCAGACAGAUAG